AAAAAUUAGAUUAGGAAAGAAAAAAAUGUGUGGGGUGGAAACAGCGGUUCGACCUUUCUAUAAGUAGGAGACUUUCAUACUGAAAAGGGUUGCCUUUCUACUGCUUACCGGAGAGAAUGGAGCAUCCAUACGUGCCGAGAGAUCUGCAGCUGCUGGGCUUCGUGCCGGGAUCCCUUCCCCACACCACCAUCAUCGGCGUCUACGGAGUUUCUUCUCUGCUCGUCGUCUCCCUCAUCUGGAUCCUUUCUGGUAGAUCGAGCAGGUUAUUGAAAAUUGAUAGGUGGCUCAUGUGUUGGUGGGCUUUCACGGGACUCACUCACAUGAUUCUUGAAGGUUAUUUUGUUUUCUCUCCUGAAUUUUACAAGGACCAGACUGGCUUUUAUCUGGCUGAAGUUUGGAAAGAAUACAGCAAAGGUGACUCCAGAUAUGCUGGAAGAGAUUCAGCUGUCAUUGCUGUUGAAGGCAUAACUGCUGUUCUUGAGGGUCCAGCUUGCCUUCUAGCAGUGUAUGCUAUAGCUAAAGGAAAGCCAUACAGCCAUAUACUUCAGUUUGCCAUUUCUCUGGGACAGCUCUAUGGAACUGUCGUGUAUUUUAUAACUUCUAUCUUGGAUGGUGAUAACUUUGCUGCUAGCUCAUACUAUUACUAUGCAUAUUAUGUUGUUGCAAAUUCCUUCUGGGUUUUAAUACCCUCACUCAUUGCUCUACGGAGUUGGAAGAGGAUUUGUGUAGCAUCCCAGGGCCAAGAUCAGAAAAAGACCAAAUUUCGCUGAGAUGGGCUGCAGAAUAUGUUCUGAUUUGCAUUGUCAGAAUGUGCAAUUUAUCAUGUCUUACAAACAACUCUUUCAACUCUUUUAUUUAAUUUUUAUGGACUUGAUUAGGUGAUUUUCAAACAAGUUGGACUUUUCGGGUCAAAGAAAGUGAUUUUAUAUCUUUAAUCUUUCUCAAGAAAUGAAUGAUGAUUUGUAUUUUGGAUUGAUCUGACUUAACAGGUUUAAUUUAUUAUCAUUUGGGUAUCAAUAUCCUUUGAUGGCAUAUGUUACAUCUUCCAUACUAUAGAACCUCCCUCUGUGGAUGAUUAUGCAAAUUUUUUUUUUUUUGAUAAGCGAUGAUUAUGCAAAAUUUGAUUUAUUUGUUGCGUCAAUGAGCAUGAGAAAAAAGAAACGCAUGUAGUCAUCGCUAGUGUGUGAUAAAUUCAGACUUUGGUUCCACGCUUCAAUUGUUCUGGAGCUGCAAUGCUGAUGAACUCAUUGACUGUGAAGCACUUUCUUUCUAUUGUACAGAUCAUGCUCCUGUUACAUUAUUGUUUUAGGCAUAUGUUAUGCCUCUGUCAUUAUAGAACCCCCCUAGGUAGAUGAUUAUGCAAAAUUUAAUUUAUGUGUUGAGUCAUUGACCAUAAGAAAAAACAAAUGUAUUCUAUCAUUGCUAGUGUCUGAUAAAUUCUGACUUUGGUUCCAUGCUUCAAUUGCUUUAAAGCUGCAAUGUUGAUGAACUCAUUGACUGAAGCAGCUUCUUUCUGUUGUAUGGAUCAUGCUGCUGUUACAUUGUUGGUUUAGCAAGGCAAGGUCAUGCUGCCCUU